AUGCGCUUAACUGAUAUUUUGCCUUUAUCAUUUCUCACAUUAGCUCCUCUGAUAGGAUUUGCUUCAGCAUGGAGCAACGAAUUUACCGACGCCAACUUCGCCACGCAAUCGUUUUCCUUAUUCGAUGAUCGGCCCCCGGAUGUCCCGAGUGCCCAGCUUGCUUCAACUGCCAGCUGGACAACUACAACUGCACACAUUUCGCGGAAUGCAACAACUUCAAUGGCAAAUGUUCAUGUCCUCCCGGAUUUGGAGCGUGAUUCCGAUACAUGUAAAUGCAAGGACGGCUGGAAGGGCAUCAACUGCAACGUGUGCGAAACAAAUGACGCCUGCAAUGCCAUGAUGCCCGAAGGCGAAGGAGGUGUGUGUCACAAGCAAGGUGUCACCAUCAAAGAGAACUUCCAAAUGUGCGAUGUGACCAAUCGUGCCAUUUUGAAGCAACUCGAUGGCCGCAAACCUCAAGUGACAUUCUCGUGCGAAGCCAAGGACGAUACUUGUAGUUUCCAGUUUUGGGUCGACCAGAAGGAAUCAUUCUACUGUGAAUUGGACACAUGCGAACGAAGUUGGGAAACGGACUAUGAGUCCAACUCGACUCACUAUAAGUGUGAACACCUACAGUGCAAAUGUAUCCCAGGUCGCUUUCUUUGUGGCGAGAAUGGGUCUAUCGAUCUGAGCGAUUUCCUUGAUCAGUUGAUCAAAGGCCCAGCAACCUUCGACACAAAGGCGACACUGGAAGGCACUAAGAGCGUUUUCUCUGAACCCCAAAUGAAUGGUUUGAUUGCUGGUGUCUUCGGAGAUCCUAGUAUUUUCUUGUCAUGCGAUUCUGGAGAGUGCGUCUACAAGACAGAUGAGCCUGGAUACGAGCGCCCCAUCAAGAAGAUCAACACCCCACUGAUUGCUAGCGUGAUUGCGGGGAGCUCGUUGUUUGUGGUUGCUGUCAUUCUACUCGUUUGGUAUCUGUCCCGUCGUGCUGCACGCCGAGGCUAUCUUCGCUUGUCUCUCUCGGACGAUUCAGAUGAUGAAGCUGCCAAACUUCUGGCAGACCAUCGCCCGGCGGCUUUGUAUUGGGACAAUGUGUCUUACUCCCUAAAUGGAAAAGAAAUUCUUUCUGGUAUCCACGGUGCGUCUACACCAGGGCAAAUUACAGCCAUCAUGGGAGCAUCUGGAGCCGGUAAAACAUCGUUCCUGGAUAUUCUGGCCCGAAAGAACAAGCGGGGCUCAGUGAAUGGAGAUUUCUAUAUCAAUGGCGAGAAGAUUGACGACAAUGACUUCAGAACCAUGAUCGGUUUCGUCGACCAAGAAGACACAAUGCUUGCUACCCUGACGGUACAUGAAACAAUCUUGACAAGUGCUCUUCUUAGACUCCCUCGGGAUAUGAGCCGGGCAGCUAAAGAGCAAAGGGUAUUGGAAGUCGAGAAGCAACUGGGCAUCUACCAUAUCAAGGAUCAAUUGAUUGGCUCGGAGGAAGGCAAUGGUCGUGGCAUCUCCGGAGGAGAGAAGCGCCGGGUUGGAAUUGCCUGUGAGCUGGUUACCAGUCCCAGUAUUCUGUUCCUGGAUGAACCCACUAGUGGAUUGGAUGCCUAUAACGCGUUCAAUGUGGUCGAAUGUCUGGUUACGCUGGCCAAAACGUAUAACCGCACCGUCAUCUUCACCAUCCACCAGCCACGCUCAAACAUUGUUGCCCUCUUUGACCGACUGAUCCUCCUUGCCGAGGGCCGCACCGUCUAUUCCGGUUCCUUCUCAUCCUGCCAAUCGUAUUUCGAUCAAAUUGGUUAUUCGUGCCCACCGGGUUUCAACAUUGCGGAUUACCUUGUCGACCUUACUAUGCACGCUGGCGCAGCCCACUCUUCUUAUGCAGACGAUGUAGCAUCGUCUGUCGAUGGGCGCUCUGGUCCCUUCAAGACUGCAUCAAGUAGCCUCCGAGCUGUCAAGUCCGUCACUAGUGCUUCAAACCAUAGCAUCGAAGAUAACUCAAGUGGCGCAGAGGCAACUCGGCGACCCAAAAGCAAUCGCCGUAUUUCUCUGAAACAGCAGCAAGAUCGCCAACUUUACUCGCGGAAACAAUACAAUGAUCGCCCAGUCACACCAAAGACAGAUGACGAGAGUGCUACCUUGGAUGUGGCGGAAAAUCACCAACAAUGGCUCCGUCUCUCUCGUCAAGGGGGCAAUGUUCCUCCCCAAAUUCUUGAUGAUCCCGAUCAACUUCCCCCUCCAGCACCCGGCACAAGGGACCUCGAUAUCCUGAUUGCCAGCUACGCGGAUUCUGAUGUUUGCCAUUCUGUGCAUGACGAGAUCGCGGCUGCUGUUCAUAGUGCUCAGGCCGCGAAUGGUUCGCCAAACUCGCCCAUCCUGUCCGAUACUGUAACGCAGUCCAAGGGCUAUGCCCGAGUAGGCCUGACCCGACAGUUCCUCAUCUUGUCUCAGCGAACAUGGCGCAAUCUUUACCGCAACCCGAUGCUUAUGCUCACGCAUUAUGCCAUCGCUAUUCUACUUGCAGUGCUAUCCGGGUACCUUUUCUAUGGCCUCACUGACGAUAUCAAGGGCUUCCAGAACCGUCUUGGUCUCUUCUUCUUCAUCUUGGCUCUCUUUGGUUUCAGUACAUUGACCAGUCUCAACACCUUCUCCUCGGAACGACUACUUUUCGUACGCGAGCGCGCCAAUGGUUACUACCAUCCGGUCACAUAUUUUGCCUCUAAAGUCGUGUUUGAUAUCGUUCCCCUGAGACUGAUCCCUCCGAUCAUCAUGGGUAUCAUCGUUUACCCCAUGACAGGUCUGAUUCCGGCAUGGCCUGAAUUCUUCCGCUUUUUGCUGGUUCUAGUGCUAUUCAAUCUCGCGGCAGCCAAUAUUUGCUUGUUCAUCGGCAUUAUAUUCCGUGACGGUGGAGUCGCCAACCUCAUCGGCAGUCUAGUUAUGCUUUUCAGCUUGCUUUUCGCCGGUCUUUUGCUGAAUCACGAUGCGAUUCCCAAAUCGGCAUUGUGGUUGCAAACUCUAUCCAUCUUCCACUAUGGCUUUGAGGCCUUGAUCGUCAAUGAAGUGACCUUCCUUACCCUGAUCGAUCAUAAGUAUGGCUUAGAUAUUGAAGUCCCCGGUGCCUCAAUCUUGAGCGCCUUCGGCUUUGAUACGCAAGCCUACUGGAGCGAUAUCAUUGGGCUUGCUGUGAUCUCCGGGGCCUUUGUCAUCAUUGCGUACAGUGCAAUGCAUUUCUUGCUUGUCGAGAAGCGAUGA